AUGCGGUUCGGCGGAGGCAGAGCGUCGCGCAACAAGUCGCGGACGUGGUCCCGUUCCCGAUGGCGGCGGCGGAAACGCUCGGUGUACGCGCAGUCGUACCGCGGCGGUGGCGAGGGCACGUCCGCUGCUGUGGGGCUCCUGGACGUCACGAACCGGGACCGUGGUCUCUAUGUUUUACGCAUGCCUCGCUUUCUCGGCGAGAUUCUUGACAAGUGCGCUGAGAGGGAGUUGCAGGCUGCUGUCGAACUGGGAACGGGGGCAAAAACCGCGCUACCGCCUGGAACGGGGACGGUCAUCGGGCGCCUACGUGUCAGCUCCGCCCUGAAACCUUUUGAAGACGGGGCAGUCAGUUCCCACGAGGCUGCCCGAGCACCGAAUUCGGGCAACGUUGUUGCGCAGGUGAUCCUCGAUGAACCGGUUCUUCGGUCACAUGUACCAGAGAGUUGGGAAGAGGCCGCAUCAGAUGCAGUUGAACGGAACCAAAUUCCAACGAGAUACGAUCUUCGGAUAUACGAAGAGAAUCCUAACAUGCAAGUCUUUUCAAUAGACUCAAGCGAUCCAUACGCGCCUGCACGGCUUGAAGGGACGGUUCUAAGCAUCGGUGGUCUGCAGCCUCGUCUGGAUGACGCAUUGCGAGCAAUGCACCGCCGUCGUGCAACGAUGCAUCAGACAACGGUACGCAAAGCGGGUAAGCGAAUUCGAUCCAUCUCUGACGCUGACCUGCGCCAAGAAGAGCUGAAACGUCUUCGCCCUGAUGCAGAAUCGCAACCGGCACUCGUCUCCGGACUGAUGGCGAGAUCCGCAAGCAAAGCUAGUGGCGAAACACCGGUUUCCGGUCCGGCAUUCAUUGGCGUACGGAGAGCGGCGCAGGAAAUAGAGUCUCAGUUCGCGCGUCAGAUCGAGAACCGCCUGCAGACGCGAUUACUCAGGCGGGACGCCAGCUCCCGGGCUAUUGUUGACGCAAAAGAUGAAAAUGAAUGGCGUGAGUCCGUCACGACGCGCGUUUUCCGUCUCUUCGAGGAGCAGUUCUGGUGGCGCCUUCAGGACCUGGCGGAGAACUUACAGAUCCCGGCAGCGCGAUUGAAGCCAGUCAUCUCUGAGCUGUGUGAUUAUAACCAACGUGGACCAUAUCGAGGAAUGUACAGCUUGAAAGAUCAUCUGAAGACCGAGAAUCAGCGAGCGAUGAUGGAUACACUCUUCCAGCGUCGCGCGGCCGAACUGGAAGCCGCUCGUCGCGAACGGGACCAGGAGCGGGAGAACCGUCGCCGUGAACGCGAAGCUGUAGAGCGUGCGGCGAAACGUGCACAGCUCGUUGCAGAAUCCGAUUAUGUGGAUUCUCUUAUCCAGCGAGACGGCGAAACGGACCUGGGAGAGCGCCAGGACGGUGACGAUGGGGAGGCAUCGGAUGUCGACUACCUGGAUGAAUCGUGA